AUGACGGCGAAGUUGGCCCCAACAACCCCUGAAGAGAGUAUGACAUCAGACUCUGCUGAUGCCCCAGCUGAUACCGCAGGUACAGGCGCCCUCUCAUUGGCAAGUAGUAGGGAACAGCUCAUUAACUUGCAGCGAGAGUUGCUUGGUCGCAUCAAGAAUACACCAGAACCGAAUGAGCGUGAUGCCUUCCUGGGCUGGGUUAAGCAAGCCGUGGCAGGCCUUAAUAAGACUCUUUGGCGCCGCUUCCAGACUGACGUACAACAAUUGGUCAGCCGCUACACUGACAUGCAGGAGCAGCAACAACAACAGGUACAGUCUAGACCUGGCAUUUCCUCAAACAAGGAUAGUGAUCCCUGUUCCGUGCAAUGGCAGCCUAUUCCCUCACAAUGGCCAUCCCAAGUCGUGUGUGUGGGGAUCUCAGGAACGUGCUUGGGUGCAGCAGCAGCAGUUUCAGCAGUCAGACAAGCAAGCGUGUAACCCUCCCACAAGUAGACAGUCACAAGAGGGAUCAAGUAUGGUUUUUGCAGGCCUUAGCUCACUGUUAGAUAUGGAUGACGGAAACAUGGACUCCAGCAGCAGUAAACGCUAAAUAAUACGAUACAUUGACACAUGCAGU